GUGGCGCUAUAACGAUCAUCCAACAAAGCAAGUCACCAGGCCACCACCUGCAUCCUAAAUUACAUAUGCAAUUUCACAGAUUCUAGCACCACCUUCUUCUGCUUCCAAUUUCAAACCUUGCAGCCAUGGCGUCUUUCAUGGCUCACGUUUCCUACAAGUUUAGCAUUAGACCUCCUGAUUUCUAUCACAACAGCAAUUGCAAGUACUUGAGCUUUAGCAGUCAAAUCAUCAGUCACAAACAAACUUGGUUCACUUGCAUGAGUAAUAAUAGAAAUCACACCAUGGUCCAUACCAAGAAGCAAAACUCUUCCUUCAUUACCUGUUCUGCCGCUAAUAAGCCUUCCCCUCCUGAAAUCAGUUCUGCAGCUAAGAUAAGAAGUGAAGUACUCUCUCCAUUUCGAUCUGUUCGGAUGUUUUUUUAUCUAGCUUUUAUUGCAAGUGGUGCUAUGGGCGGACUAAUAGCAACCACACAACUGAUAGCUGCACUAACAAAUCCAGCUAGAGGAGCCCAAGCCUCAGACAUAUUGAAAGGUCUCGGCAUAGACAUUGGAGCAGUAUCUCUAUUUGCAUUUCUAUAUUACAGGGAGAAUAAUGCCAAGAAAGCACAACUGGCUAGGCUUUCAAGAGAGGAAAGCCUUUCUAACCUUAAGCUCCGAGUGGAUGACAAAAGGAUUAUUUCUGUCAAUGCUUUGAGAGGUAUUGCACGCCUUGUAAUCUGUGCUGGCCCUGGAUCCUAUAUUUUGGAGUCUUUUAGACUUAGUGAACCUUUCACCCAGAGUCUCUUGGAUAGAGGGGUGCUUGUGGUGCCAUUUGCUACAGAUGGGAAUUUACCUAGUUUUGAGUUUGAUGAGAGUGAGGAAAUGAAGGAGGUUACAGCAAAAAGGAAGCGGCUCUGGCAGCUGAAUCCAACCUAUAUUACUGAGUGGUCUAAGUGGUUAGAUGAGCAAAAGAAACUGGCUGGUGUCUCCCUUGAAUCUCCUGUGUAUUUAUCCCUGCGCUUGGAUGGUCGUGUCCGUGGCAGUGGUGUUGGUUAUCCUCCUUGGAAUGCUUUUGUUGCACAGUUGCCACCUGUAAAGGGAAUUUGGACAGGUCUUCUAGAUGGCAUGGAUGGAAGAGUUCUUUAGAGAGUUUUAUACUGUUUCCAGUUUUUCUUUUUGAGUAGCAGAUAUGGACCUGUUGAUAGAUCGAGCCAUGGGUGGUUCAAACUGUGAAACAAACUGAGAUCGGCUUGGGUCUAUGGUUUCAGUUCAUGAACCGGUCCAGAACCAAGGUAUGGGGGCUAGUUCCUGUCCCUCCCUCCUUGAACCUUAAUUGGAAUCGGUCCAAUUCAAUUCCUUUUCUUUCACAAAAAAGAAUAUUGACUACCAUUAUUAUUUUAGAUUGAAAAAAACUAAAUAAAUAAUGUCUUAUAACCUUAUAUCUUGUAAAUUUAUAUCUUAUAAUGUAAGAAAAUAUUAAUGUUGUUGUACGGAGUUGUAUCGACUUGAAAUCAUGAAGCCAGCUAAAUUAGCGAUUCCAACCUAAAAUCGGACAGAAUUAGCGCGGGUGGGUUUUCAUUUUGCAUGAGGCAUUUGCUUGCAUUUUCCGAAUAAAGCUAGUGUUGGGUGUGACCUGGUUGAGCAGUAA